AUGGAACAAAUGCAACACGUUAUUGAUUUUCCGAGAACUAAGCGAAAUGAAUCAAGUUGUAACACGAAACAAACGUCGGUCGUUAACCCCUCUCCCAAUUUUAGUUAUCUCUUCAACUCUUUUCCUUCAAAUGUAAAUAAUUCAAACGAAACGACAGCACAAGCAGCAGGUAAAAGUACAAAAGAAAGGGAACGCGCACGACCUAAACAAUCAAUUAAGAGGCGUAGGACACAAUGUGGAACGAAGCAAUCAAAGAAGAAACAACCACCAAAAGAAAAUAAUAUUUUGAGAUUUGCACCAGAAAUUUUCGUGUACAUAUGUAAAUUCCUUCGACCGAUUGAUUUAAUUUCAUUAAGUAAAGUUUGUAAAUUAUAUCACAAUUAUUUAUGUUCGGAUGAUGUACAUAGUACUGAAGAUAUUUGGAAAUUUUCAAGAGAGAAUCAUGAAGGGAUGACAUUAAUACCACCUGAAGGAAUGAAUGAACGGAAAUAUUGUAUGUUAUUAGUUGAAAGAGGAUGUCAAAUAUGUAAAAAACCCAAGAUUAGAAAGAUUUAUUGGGCUUUCCGAGUCAGGUGUUGCCGAGAAUGUUUAUUGAAGCAUACCAAAAGUGAAUAUCGAAUUCUUCAAGAAUUAAAGAUAUCACCCGUGAUACUUUAUGGACUCGCCUAUACGACUCAUUGUUUUUGGAAUAAAUGGAAUGGCGAAUUCCCCGUGAAAUUUUAUUGGUUAUCCCAGGUGGAGAAGAUGGAGAGAGAAUAUCAAUCUUUGCCUCCAGAUCAACGUAACAGGUGGGUCAUGGACAUGAUGAGAAAAGGUCAAAAUUUAAUGACGGAUGUUAAUAUGCGAUCUUAG